AACCAUAAGUCAAUACAUGGAAACUUUUACUCAAGUUUUACCAAUAAUUUCAGGGCUUUUACUUAUUGCCUUAACAUAUCUUUGCAUCAGAACCAUAGGAAACAACACAAGAAAAGUUAAUAAAAAUGUAGCUCCAGAACCAUCUGGGGCAUGGCCUUUAAUAGGUCACCUUAAACUUCUACAGAGUCAAACUCCAGCAGCAAGAAUACUUGGAAAAAUUGCUGAUGAAUAUGGUCCUGUUUUCUCUUUACGGCUUGGCAGUCGCCGAGCUGUGGUUGUGAGCAGUUUGGAGACAAUAAAGGAGUGCUUGGGCACCAAUGACAAAAAAGUUUUAUCUAGGCCCGAUAUUGCAGCAAGCCGGUACAUGGUCUAUGACAAUACUAGUUUUGGACUAGCACCUUAUGGACCGUAUUGGAAGGAAAUGCGGAAAUUGGUCAUGUCUAAGCUUUUUACAAGCCAGUGUCUUGAAAAGUUCAAAAAUGUACGCGAUUCAGAAGUGAUGAAUUCUAUUAAGGAACUCUCAGUAUGGUCCUUGAAAAAUCGAGAUGGAAUGUCUAUAAUCAAAUUGGACAAGUGGUUUGAGCAAAUAACGGUUAGUAUAAACAUGAGAAUGUUAGUUGGAAAAAGAUGUUCUGAAGGUAACAAUGAAGACACACGGGUAAAAGAAGCCAUAAAGAAAGGGUUGCAAAUUAUUGGAGCUUUUGUGAUGUCUGAUCAUAUUCCAAGUCUAGAAUGGAUGGAUAUUGGAGGACAUAUAAAAACUAUGAAGCAAAUGGGAAAUGAGUUUGAUGGUGUCAUACAAAAAUGGCUUGACGAACAUAUUGAGAAGAGAAAAGAGAAUGAUCUGGAUAGUGAUCAAGAAACCGAUUUUAUGGAUGUGAUGCUCUCAACCCUGUCAAAAGAUGCUGAAAUUUUUGGCCACGGACGUGAAACCAUCAUCAAAGCAACAACACUGAUUCUCAUGUUGACAGGUUCAGAAAGCGUUGCUGAGACAAUGACAUGGGCGCUCUCUUUAUUAUUGAACAACCCUGCGAUCCUUAAAGCUUGUCAAAAAGAGAUUGACAUCUAUGUAGGGCGCGAGAAAUGGGUAGAAGAAUCAGAUAUCAAAAACUUAUCAUAUCUGCAAGCCAUAGUGAAGGAAACACUCAGAAUGUACCCACCGGGUCCUUUAAGUGCACCACGUGAGGCUGUUGAAGACUGCAAUAUAGGAGGAUAUCAUAUCUCCAAAGGAACUCGUCUAAUUGUGAACAUAUGGAAGCUACAUCAUGACCCUCAAAUUUGGCCCGAUCCUUUUGAUUUUAGACCAGAAAGGUUUCUUGAAGAGCAUUCAAACGUAAAUUAUCAAGGUCAAAAUUUUGAAUACAUUCCGUUCAGCUCAGGAAGGAGAAUGUGCCCUGCAACUACGUUUGCAUUACGAUUGGUUCACUUGAUACUUGCUCGGUUGAUUCAAGGGUUUGAUUUGUCAACGCCAAUGGGGACGCCUGUGGACAUGACAGAGGCUUCGGGCCAAUCUUUGCCAAAGACAAAACCUCUUGAAGCGAUCAUCACUCCACGCCUUCCCCGAGAGCUCUAUCAAAUGCUUUGAGACCAAUUUGAAGAUUAUGGAGUCACUACAAAUAAUAUUGUAAUUAUCCACCAUCUUAGUUAAUGUGAACAAAUUAUAAAGUUUGUCA